AUGGUUCUGAGUUUGACGGUAAAAACCUGCCAGGCUGAAAACCAACGGUUCGUCGAAACGUUAUACUUGGCUGAAAACCGUGCCUUACUUAAUCAUGUGUUUCAGUGGAAGACUGGGCGAGACUGCUUUAUGGAUCCACACUGUGCAUCAUUCAACUGUCAUGCCAGAAAAGGUAUUUGUGUUCUAAAUAAUGCCAGCAGAGCUCACAGCCCCGACGACUUUGUUGAGAUUCAAGAGAGCGUAUUCUAUGAUGACAACGUGGAUACUCUGUCAUUUUCACAACCCAGUACUACAAGUACCAGUAGUUGCCAGAAGUUGUAUCAAGCUGAUUACCAAAUCAGUGGUUUAUACACAAUCUUUCCUAUAAGUCUGACUGAUGGGUUACAUGUCUACUGUGAUAUGGAGACAGAAGGAGGAGGCUGGAUCGUGUUCCAGAGGAGACAAGAUGGCUCUGUUGACUUUUACCGUAACUGGACGGAAUACCAAUCUGGGUUUGGUGAUCUACAUAACGAGUUCUGGUUGGGGAAUGAUAUCCUGCGUGACCUUACUGGGUCAGGACAAUGGGAGCUCAGGGUAGAUAUGGAAGAUUGGCAGUCCAACACAUCUUGGGCUUCUUAUGGUGAGUUUGCAGUUAAAGGUACACACUACAUGUUGAUUCAUAUGAUGCUCAGAGUACAGCAGGUGAUUCAAUGGCAUUUAGUAAUGGGCAUCCAUGCACAACCAAGGACAGGGACAAUGAUGCAGUUUCAUAUUACAACUGUGCUGAGUUCUAUACCGGUGCAUGGUGGUACAGUGGAUGUCAUUAUACAAAUCCAAAUGAUGAAUAUUACCAACAAGCAGACGUGCCAUUUGGAGAAGGCAUAA